UCGGCCGUACCGACCGUCUCUGGCUGCGUUCAUGAGUACGAGGCCAAAAUGGCGACCGGCACAGGCAAACACAAGCUGCUGAGUACAGGCCCCACAGAGCCAUGGUCCAUCAGGGAGAAGCUAUGUUUAGCCUCUUCUGUCAUGAGGAGUGGAGAUCAAAACUGGGUAUCAGUUAGCAGAGCAAUCAAGCCUUUUGCAGAACCUGGCCGCCCUCCAGACUGGUUCUCUCAAAAACAUUGUGCUUCUCAAUACUCUGAACUCUUGGAGACCACUGAGACCCCAAAACGGAAACGGGGUGAGAAAGGCGAAGUGGUGGAAACUGUUGAAGAUGUUAUUGUUCGGAAACUGACUGCUGAAAGAGUUGAGGAACUAAAGAAAGUGAUAAAGGAAACCCAAGAGAAAUACAGACGGCUGAAAAGAGAUGCAGAACUAAUUCAAGCUGGGCAUAUGGAUAAUCGACUAGAUGAGCUUUGCAAUGACAUUGCAAUGAAAAAGAAACUAGAGGAAGAAGAGGCUGAAAUAAAGAGGAAGGCAACAGAUGCUGCAUACCAAGCCCGGCAAGCAGUAAAAACACCCCCUCGGAGGUUACCUACUGUGAUGGUCCGCUCUCCUAUAGAUUCUGCCUCCCCAGGAGGUGAUUAUCCACUUGGAGACUUGACCCCAACCACGAUGGAAGAGGCUACCUCUGGGGUCAAUGAAAGUGAAAUGGCUGUCGCUUCUAGUCACCUGAACAGUACGGGUGUCCUCCUGGAGGUAGGCGGGGUCCUUCCCAUGAUACAUGGUGGGGAGAUACAGCAAACACCCAAUACUGUUGCAGCCUCCCCUGCUGCCUCAGGUGCUCCUACUCUUUCCCGGCUUUUAGAAGCUGGUCCUACACAGUUCACCACACCUCUUGCUUCCUUCACUACUGUUGCCAGUGAACCUCCAGUUAAACUUGUGCCACCCCCUGUAGAGUCUGUGUCCCAGGCUACAAUUGUCAUGAUGCCUGCGCUGCCAGCACCAUCCUCUGCUCCAGCUGUCUCCACUCCUGAAAGUGUAGCUCCAGUGAGUCAGCCUGACACCUGUGUUCCCAUGGAGGCUGUGGGGGAUCCACAUACUGUGACUGUUUCCAUGGAUAGCAAUGAAAUCUCCAUGAUAAUUAAUUCUAUCAAAGAAGAGUGUUUCCGAUCAGGGGUAGCAGAGGCUCCUGGUGCAUCAAAGCCUCCAAGCAUAGAUGGGAAGGAAGAUUUAGAUCUGGCCGAGAAGAUGGAUAUUGCUGUGUCUUACACAGGCGAAGAAUUGGACUUUGAGACAGUUGGAGACAUCAUUGCUAUCAUUGAGGACAAGGUAGAUGAUCACCCUGAAGUGCUGGAUGUGGCAGCUGUGGAGGCAGCACUGUCAUUCUGUGAAGAGAAUGAUGAUCCCCAGUCCCUACCUGGCCCCUGGGAGCACACAAUCCAGCAGGAGCGGGACAAGCCAGUACCUCUACCUGCACCAGAGAUGACAGUCAAACAAGAGAGACUAGACUUUGAGGAAACAGAAAAUAAGAGGAUCCAUGAACUGGUAGACAUCAGGGAGUCAGGUGUUGAGAUCAAGGUGGAACCUGCAGAACCAGAGCCAGGCAUUUCAGGAACUGAAAUCGUUUCUGGGGUUGGUCCAGCCACAAGUAUGGAGCCACCAGAACUCAGGAGCCAAGAUUUAGAUGAAGAACCCAGGAGUAUUGCAACUGGAGAUAUUGCUGAAGCAGAUGUUUCCAGUGGAAAAGGCGAGGAGAUACCACUCACAACUGUGAAGACAGAGGCAUCCCCUGAAAGCAUGUUGUCCCCAUCACAUGGCUCAAAUCCCAUUGAAGACCCUUUAGAAGCAGAGACUCAGCACAAGUUUGAAAUGUCAGAAUCAUUGAAAGAAGAAUCAGGGACUAUUUUUGGAAGCCAGAUAAAGGAUGCCCCAGGUGAGGAUGAGGAGGAAGAUGGAGUCAGUGAAGCAGCCAGCCUAGAGGAACCUAAGGAAGAAGAUCAAGGAGAAGGCUAUUUGUCAGAAAUGGAUAAUGAACCCCCUGUGAGUGAGAGUGAUGAUGGCUUUAGUAUACACAAUGCUACUCUGCAGUCACAUACACUGGCAGACUCCAUUCCCAGCAGCCCUGCUUCUUCACAAUUCUCUGUCUGCAGCGAAGAUCAAGAAGCUAUUCAGGCCCAGAAAAUCUGGAAGAAAGCUAUCAUGCUUGUAUGGAGAGCUGCAGCUAAUCAUAGGUAUGCCAAUGUCUUCCUACAACCUGUUACAGAUGACAUAGCACCUGGUUACCACAGCAUUGUACAAAGGCCUAUGGAUUUAUCAACUAUUAAGAAAAACAUUGAAAAUGGGCUAAUCCGCAGUACUGCUGAAUUCCAGCGUGACAUUAUGCUGAUGUUUCAGAAUGCUGUAAUGUAUAAUAGCUCAGACCAUGAUGUUUAUCAUAUGGCAGUAGAGAUGCAGCGAGAUGUCUUGGAACAGAUUCAGCAAUUCUUGGCUACACAGUUGAUUAUGCAAACUUCUGAAUCUGGAAUUAGUGCUAAAAGUCUUCGAGGGAGAGAUUCUACCCGCAAACAGGAUGCUUCAGAGAAGGACAGUGUCCCCAUGGGCUCUCCUGCCUUCCUUCUCUCUCUCUUUAUGGGGCGUGAGUGGGUUUGGUUGGAUUCUGAACGAGACUAUCCCAAUGAGUCUGAGUUGAGCAACGACUGCAGGUCCCUCUUCAGCUCAUGGGACUCCAGUCUGGAUCUUGAUGUAGGCAGCUGGAGGGAAACUGAGGAUCCAGAGACUGAGGAACUAGAAGAAAGCAGCCCAGGGAGAGAAUCUAGUGAACUGCUUUUGGGAGAUGGAGGCAGUGAGGAAUCUCAGGAAGAGAACGAACAAGUGAGCAGCCAGAACCUCCUUCACUUUCUCUCUGAGGUAGCAUAUUUAAUGGAACCAUUGUGCAUUAGCAGCAAAGAACCAAUUGAAGGUGGCUGCCCUACAUCUGGAACCAGGCAACAAGAGGGAAGGGAAAUUGAAGCUACUGAAGGAUAUGGGGAGCCCUGCAGAGAGACUGAAGAGCUUUUAACCAAAGCAGACCCCUUAGCAACUGAAAAGAAGCUACUGGGAGAAUAUAGAAAGCCAGAGAUGACUCUAGUCCCCUCAAAUACUGAUAUAAUUCAGGAACUAUUCACAGAGAGUGAAGAGGAGGCUCACGAAGACUCUAAAGAAGAGGACCAAGGUGAAGGGUAUAUUUCAGAGAUGGAAGAACAGCUCCCUUCAGGUGACAUUGAUGAUAGCCUCAGUUUUCAGGAAACUCCCCUGGUGGAUUUCCUUUACAACAGUACUAACUCCUCAAAACUGACUGAUCUAAGCCCAGAUGACCCUGUUCAGAAUCAUUUGCUAUUUAAGAAGACUCUUUUGCCAGUUUGGAAAAUGAUUGCCAGUCACAGGUUCAGCAGUCCAUUUCUAAAGCCUGUGUCAGAAAGGCAGGCCCCAGGAUACAAGGAUGUGGUAAAAAGACCCAUGGACUUAACUAGCCUGAAGAGAAAUCUGUCUAAGGGACGGAUUCGUACCAUGCCCCAGUUCCAGCGGGACCUGAUGCUGAUGUUCCAAAAUGCUGUUAUGUACAAUGACUCUGAUCAUCAUGUGUACCAUAUGGCUGUGGAGAUGCAGAGAGAAGUGUUGGAGCAGAUUCAGGUGCUGAGUAUUUGGUUGGACAAAAGAAGAGACUUAAGUAGUCUGGAAUGAGUAUCAAGCUACCCUAGUGGAUGAUGGAAGCCUGUUUUGUUUUUAACCUGGAACUACUACUCUGACCCUUUCUCAAGUUUAGACCUUUUGAGGAUAACCAGAGAAGAUCCCAGGGCUUGCUUACCACCUCUCUUUACUUUUCAAUUAAAAGUAAAGACUUACCUCAUAACCAAGUACUCAAAGAUGCUUGC